AUGGCUUUGUCUAUGCUGGUUGCGCUCACCACCUGCCCAUCACUGCUGGCGACUCAGGAAGCUGUUCGACAAGGACAGCAGAAGGAUCGCAGGGAAGCACACCGAGCUCGACGUUGCAACCUGAUUGCGACGUGCGUGAAGCGGACCGGUUGGGCGACGACACUCAACCAAAGACCGAUCGUGUUGAGAGAUAGCAAGCUCGUUAUCGACACUGCUACAAGCGAAGAUGAGGAAGACCCGAAGCACCUUUGCACCGGCUACUUUCUACCCUAUCCCGACUCUAAUUACGAAGGUCAUGUCACAUCAAUAAGCGAUGACCCUCCCGUUAUGAACUGGAUUUAUGUCGACAAACACACCUAUGAAGUCAAGUAUGGUGUCCGGGUCAACGCUCAGCCACAUAUCACCGGGCCCUUUGACUGUACUCGACAGGACCGGAGGAUGACACUCGAAGGCUGGGAAGGCUUUGUUGCCGUUCGGCAGGACGAUUCCACCUGGUCACUGUACUUUGAUAGGGACGACAAUGGCCUGAAGGACAAGGUACCCAAGGGGACGCGAGUGCUAGAGGUGGAACUCUGGCGCGUAGAGAAGCGUCGUAAACGUGGAGAGGCACCGAGCUAG